AUGUCAGGUUACGGUUAUCCUGGAGGAUACGGUCCGCCGCAACAACAAUACCACGGCAACUAUUAUCAACCUCCACCUCAGCAAUAUAACGGAUAUCCUCCUCCUCAGGGAGCGCCGCAGCCACCAUUCGGCUAUAACCAACCACCACCACCUCAACCCUACGGAUACAACCAGGGCCUGUCCCCGCAACCCGGCGGCUAUCACCAACCCCCAAAUCAAUAUGGCAGACCUGGGCUACCUACGGUAAACUCGAACUCGUAUAACCAUGGUAACUUCAGCGCUCCUCCGCCGCCGCCAUCUGGCCCCCAACAUUUCGGCCAUGGUGCUCCCCAAGGAUACGCAUUUCAGUAUAGUAACUGUACGGGCCGGAGGAAAGCUCUGCUUGUGGGCAUAAACUACUUCGGUCAACGAGGCCAGCUCCGGGGGUGUAUCAACGACGUUAGAAACAUGUCUGCUUAUCUCGUCGAGCAUUUUGGUUAUAAGCGAGAAGAUAUGGUCAUCCUCACCGACGACCAGCAAAACCCUAUGAGCCAACCGACUAAGCAGAACAUAUUGCGAGCAAUGCAUUGGCUCGUGAAAGACGCAAGGCCUAAUGACUCUCUGUUCUUCCACUACUCGGGACACGGCGGUCAAACCAAGGAUCUGGACGGCGACGAGCCUGAUGGCUACGACGAAGUGAUAUAUCCCGUGGAUUUCCGCCACACCGGCCACAUAACCGACGACGAGAUGCAUCGCAUCAUGGUCCGACCCCUGCAAUCUGGAGUUCGGUUGACGGCCAUCUUUGACUCGUGCCAUUCAGGUACUGCGCUGGACCUCCCAUACAUUUACUCCACCCAAGGCAUUCUCAAAGAACCCAACCUGGCCAAGGAAGCCGGUCAAGGUCUUCUGGGUGUUAUUUCGUCCUACAGCCAAGGCGAUCUCGGUGGUGUUGCCAACAACAUCAUGGGCUUUUUCAAGAAAGCCACUAUCGGCGAAGAUGCGCACCACAGAGCUAUGGCCACAAAGACUUCGGCUGCAGAUGUCAUCAUGCUUUCCGGAAGCAAAGACGACCAGACUUCGGCCGACGCGACUAUUGCCUCACAAGCUACCGGAGCUAUGUCAUGGGCAUUCAUCACUGCUCUCAAGAAGAAUCCUCAGCAAAGUUACGUACAGCUACUCAAUAGCAUUCGGGAUGAGCUGGCUACGCGUUACUCCCAGAAACCUCAACUCUCGUGCAGUCACCCUCUCAACACCAACCUACUGUUUGUCAUGUGA